GCCAACAUAACGAAAGAAAGUUUACAUUUGUCCAAAUUUUUUCUCAUAUCUUAUCCAAUUAAUGUAAGUCGAUUGUAGUGACAACAAACCAGAGUUUAAACAUUAACUAAAUUUCCCAACUUUUGCAACAAUUGAAAAUUGUAAAAUAUCAACCAAAUGUGACAUAUGGCAUUAAAAAAUGCUUCGCUUACAUACUGAGAAAAUUAAUUAUCGUCGAUUAUAAAUCGAAUAUCUUUCAUGAUUAUUUUAUAUCGUCAACUAUUUAAUGAUGAAAAUGAAAAUUUAUGGCCAUCAUCGAUUUGCCGUGAUAUUCAUUGAUAACAUCUUGGUUUUGAUCAUUCAAAGUUUAAAUACAAAAAUUUUUUUUCAAUCAAAUUCGACUCCAUAAAUACAAUGCUUGUGCUUUGAGUCAAUGGAUUUUUACUUGUUAGUAAUUUAUGUAUUUUUUUCUAUUACAUUUGUUCAAGAUUGAUGUUGGCAAGCAUGACAACUUGUAACUUUUUUCUGAUUACUCUUGAUGAUAAUGUCAUCAAUUCGAUGAUAACAUGGUUCGAUUUUUUUCCGUUAACUUAUCACUGUAUCAUUCGCUGUUAGAAUGUUCAUGGUGAAUUUUUUUUUUGUUAGAAAUCUUUAAAGAAAAAGAUGACAAUACAAGACUGUCUGUGAGAGAGGCUGUAGAUACUAGAUUCAGAUUAUUCAUUCAUCAAAGUUCAUUAAAAUAACUUUUGCAGCGUUCUUUUUAAUAAUCGACCAAUCGCGAUGAUGGAUCAACCUAAACGGACUAGAAAUUAUAAGGCUUAUAAUCGUCAAAAUUCAUUCAACAUACCACAAUUCAUUCAAAGCCAUCAUCAAUCAGACGAACUUAUGGCCUCCAUCAGUUCUAUUGAUAAAAUGAAUCACAAACCAAUUGGUCAAUCUAUGGGCAAUGAUGAGCCAUUUACUGAUAAAUUGAAUCGUAAGAUUCCCCUGUUCGGAUUAAUUAUGUCAAUGUUAUCGGUCGUUUGUUUUUCAUUGGCAUCAUUGAUCGUCAAAAUUCUCACGGAAUAUCAUGCAUUGGAGAUCCUUGGUAUCAGAUCUGUUUUUCAAUUCAUAUUUUAUCUAUCGACAACAUUGUAUUUUCGAUUGCCAAUUUUUGGUCUACCUGGUCAUCGUUUGGACUGUGCACUUCGGGCUAUCUUUGGAGCGAUUGCAGCAAUUACCAUUUACAUGUCUUAUCGUUUGAUUCCAUUAGCUGAUGCAUCUACCAUUCAAUUCUCAGCUCCCGUUUUGGUUUUUGUCCUUGCCUAUUUCAUAUUAGGUGAACCAAUGACAUGUUGCCAUAUAUUGAUUGGUUUUAUUGCUUUGAUUGGCGUCAUAUUUGUAUCGAAGCCGAAAUUUAUCUUGCAAUAUUUUGAUCCAAACAUUCUGGAAAAAGUCAACUAUCAGGGUAUUCUUUUGGCUAUCGUUGCAGCUAUCUCCACUGCUUUCGCCAUGACCAUGUUACGUAAAUUGAAACAAACUCCCGUUCAUAUUGUAGUCCUUUGGUUUUCUGUUGUCACAAUUGUUUCCGCAUUUACUACACUAUCAUUUAUGGGCCAAUUCAUUUGGCCACAAGAUCUACGAAGCUGGGCUUGGCUUUUGGCUAUAGGUUUUUGUGGCAUUGGUGAUCAAUUGUUCAUGACAUUGGCAUUCAAGUACGAAUCGGCUGGCAUUGUUUCUGUAUCACGUACAAUGACAAUCGUAUUAGCCUUCGUAUGGGAUACAGUACUAUUAGAUAUUAUCGUCCAUUGGACUUCAAUCCUUGGAUCCAUUUUUGUCAUUCUGUCCGUUAUUAUGCUAGCCAUUAUUAGAUCGGUAGAUAACCAAAGUGAAAUAUUAGGUCGUUUGUGGUCAAAUAUUUGUUGCUGUUGUGGCACUAGAAAUCAUGGAAACGAAAGCGAAAGGGAAAAAUUAUUGAUGAGCGGACGAUAUCAAGCAUAAUAAUGUGAAUUAAUUAAAAUUGUACAGAAAAAUAUUUUUAUGGGACAAUUUAUUAUCUUUACUAUAUAGAUAUGUUUUAAAUUUGACUAUCAAUAUUAUUUGAUUGAAAAAUAAAAAAUUUGCUAAAAAGCGCUCUUAAUCAAA